GAAUAAACCAAACACAAGAAGAAGAAGGAAAAGAAAGCCUGUGUGCAAAGUUAGCUAGCUGUGUAACCAAUUUGUGAAACAGAAGAUUCGCCAACUCAACUAUGUCAAAGUGCGUCCUUGUUGGAGUUAAACGUGUAAUUGACUAUGCUGUCAAGAUCCGUGUGAAGCCGGACCACAGUGGUGUGGUAACUGAUGGUGUGAAACACUCCAUGAACCCCUUCUGUGAGAUUGCUGUGGAGGAGGCUGUCAAACUGAAGGAGAAGAAGCUUAUUAAGGAAGUGGUAGCUGUCAGCUGUGGCCCUCAGCAAGUUCAGGAAACUAUCCGUACUGCCCUGGCCAUGGGGGCGGACCGAGGGAUACAUGUUGAAGUUACUGGGAAUGACUACGAGACACUGGGCCCCCUACAGGUGUCUAAGAUCUUUGCUGCCCUGGCUAAGAAAGAAAACGCUCAACUUGUCAUCUUAGGAAAACAGGCAAUUGAUGACGACUGUAACCAGACAGGUCAGAUGACUGCUGCCUUACUGGACUGGCCCCAGGGCACUUUUGCGUCUGAGGUGGCACUGGAUGGAGACAAGGUCAAGGUGGUGAGGGAGAUUGAUGGUGGACUGGAGACCAUCAAAAUCAAUAUGCCAGCAGUAGUGACCGCAGACCUUCGACUCAACACCCCCAGAUAUGCCACUCUUCCCAACAUCAUGAAAGCAAAAAAGAAGAAGAUUGCCAAUGUGAAACCAUCAGACCUGUGUGUGGACCUGACUUCACGGGUGGAGGUGGUGAGGGUGGAUGAGCCACCACAGAGACAGGCGGGGGUUAAGGUGGACACGGUUGAUGACCUAGUGGGCAAACUGAAAGAAUCGGGGAGGAUAUAAACAGCAUAGGCACACAUUGAGGAGACUUGUCUGUUUGACCAGAAUGCUUAUGAAAUAAGAAGUGUCCUCUACCGUACACCAAACCCAUCUGUGUGUAAUACUUGUGUACCGAAUGGUGACGUGAGAGAAACACUGUCCAAGAGGGAGAGAUGAUUUAUGUGUAUUGUAGGUUAUGGGAUUGUGCCUGUGAGCCAGUCAUUUUUCUUUAAUUCAUGCAUGUAUUCCACAAUCAGCUGAGUGUCAAAAGGGCAAAGUAAUUACUCAUACGGUUUGUGUAUAUAUAAAUAUGGACCUAACCAUGUAGUGAAUGUGCAUUUCAAGUGUGAAUAAACCAUUAACUUGGUUGCAUUGCAAAUGAGUUUGGACAGUGUCUUUCAGUCCCUAAGGAAAAUGAUUAAUGACACACAAAGUUGACUUCUUACCCUCAGCGACUGUAUUUUAUGUUGUAAAAAAUCUACCUUUACAUAAAGAAAACAGACAUUUCUUACCUA